GGUUUCCUUCCUUUGUUGCAGAAGAUUCUUUUUUUCUCUGUUAAUGUUUGAAACUCUUAAGCAAACUGAGUCCUCAUUUACUUUCCCAGUUUCUGUGUCAGUACCAUUGUCUUCUUGUCUUCUCAAAACCCUCUUUUUAUUUCAAUUUUUGUCUUUCUUUGCUUGUUUGUUUGCGAGAUACUAAGGUUUUGGAGGUGAGUUAUUUUUUGGGUGAGUUAUUUUUUGUCUUCUUUUCAGAUAACCCCUUCACCUCUUAUAUCCAGGAAUGCGAAUGUGGGGUUUUGGUCUUUGGGUAGAAAUGAGCACAUUUGUUGAGUAAGCUUGCGAAAUUUUGUGAAGAAGCAAGCUCCUUUUGAAAAUGAUGCCUGUUUUCAGCUUUCGGGUUUGAAGUUAUAUUUGAUGGACUGGUGAAAUUUGUUUUAGUGAGAGAUGGGUUGUGCUGCUUCAAGCAUUGAUAAGGAAGAGAGAGUGCAAAUAUGCAGGCAGAGAAAGAAAUUAAUGAAACAGUUGCUAGGGCUUAGAAAAGAAUUUGCUGAUUCUCAAUUGGCUUAUUUGAGGUCACUGAAGAAUACUGGAGUAACCCUUCGGCAAUUCACUGAAUCAGAGUCAUUAGAGAUUGAAAAUCCCCCUUAUGACACAACAUUAGAGGCCUCACCACCUCCUUCAUUGCCUCCUUCUCCACCACCACCACCACCUCCGUAUAGUCCUGACUUGAGGAAUGUUGAUGAUAAUCUAAAAGAUGAAGUUAUCCACAAAGAGAGCAUAGAAAUCAAUGAAGAUGGUAGCAGGAUCUCACCAACUCAGGUCCUGAGUCCGUCAUGGGAAUAUCAUUUUCAUUAUUCUUCAUCUCAUGGGCAGUCAAGUAAGUGUGAAAUGGUGACGCAAUUUGAUGAGGAAACUUGGGCAGAAACUAAAACUGACUUUGAGGAAGAUGAUCAGGAAGAGGAAGUUAAUUCUAAUACAGUCACUGAGAAGCCACCACCUGAAGAACUUAUUGCUGAUAACUUAAAAAUGAUGAGCUCAUAUACUAAAGACACAACUCAUAUGACCAUGGCACUAUGGAGGAGGAAGACCUUGGAUGGUAUCAUCAAGGAGUUAGAUGAUUAUUUCCUGAAAGCAUGGGCGGCUGGAAAGGAUAUAGGUAUUCUUAUGGACAUCAAACACGGGGACACUUUUCUUCCACAGAAUUUCAAAGAAAACAAAAGGAAGAGGAGCAAUUCCCCCAAGGUCUUUAGUUCGCUGUCAUGGAACUGGUCUUCCAAGUCACUCCAAUUUACACAAGGUGCUUUUGGUAUGUGUGGCCCUAGUGAACCAUGCAGGCCUGGAGCUCAUUGCAUCACUCUUUCCAAACUAUAUGCUGCAGAGCAGAGACUUUACAAGGAAUUAAAGGAGGAAGAAACAACUAAAUUAGAGCAUAAGAAGAAAUCCAUGUUAUUACAGAAACAAGAAGAUGAAAACUACAACUGGAUAAAGACUGAGAAAACUCGAGUCUGUGUUGAGAAAUUGGGGACUGAUAUAGGACGCCUGCAGCAUUCAAUUAGUGAGACUUGUUCAUCUAUAUUGCAAAUCAUUGAAGAAGAGCUGUAUCCUCAGCUGGUUGCGCUAAUUUCAGGACUGAUGCAUAUGUGGAGAACAAUGUAUGAAUGCCAUCAAGUUCAGAAACAUAUCUCUGAGCGAUUGAGUCAUUUAACCAAUGAUCAAAGCAAGGACUAUACUACUGAGUCCCAUCAACAAGCCACAGCUCAGCUUGAAGUGGAGGUCACUGCCUGGCUUGCCAGUUUCUGCAAGCUUACAAACUCUCAACAAGUUUAUGUGAGAACCCUGUGUAGGUGGAUCCAACUUACUGCUUGCCUUGUGCAUGAUCAACAGACUUAUAGCUCUUCUGCGAUUCGUAGGCUCUGUGAACAUUGGCAACUUGUUUUUGACAAAUUACCUGAUAAGGUGGCCAUAGAAGCCAUUAGGAGCUUUUUAUCAGCCAUCCAAGUGAUAUUCCAACAGCAGCUGGAAGAACGCAAUCUGCACAAAAAGUCUGAUAGACUUGAGAAAAGGCUUCAGAAGGAGUUGAAGUCUCUCGCUGAGAUGGAGAAAAAGCUAGAAGGGACGUUACCUGAUGGAGUUGACCCCUCCAAUCUGAGCCCCAAGCAUCCUUUAUCCCUGAAGAGUGCCAAAAUUGAAGCUCUGAGGAAGCAAGUUCACACUGAAGAGACCAAAUAUCUGAACUCAGUCCAGGUUACCAGAGACAUGAUUAUGAAUAACCUGAAAACAAGCCUACCCAUUGUAUUUGAGGCAUUGAUGGGUUUCUCAAGUGAUUCUGCUAGAGCAUUUGAGGCCGUUCACUGCCGCAUCAAUCAAGCAACUUGUUCAGAUGCAUCAGAAACCUUGACAUUCUAAACUUGUUUGAUUCACUCAUUGAGCAGGUAAAAAAUAUUAUCCUAUCAAUUAAAAAUAUGUUGCUUAAAUUAUUUGUGGCACUGGAGGACAUUGACCAAACUACGAUGAAUUUUUGUUUAUAUUAGAAGAUGUUUGUUUGUUAAUAGUGUACUGGAGGGAUGAUUUUGUGUUAAUAGGUAUAUCUUGUUAUCA